AUCAUUCAUAGAAGAAUCUUCGAAGUGAUAAUUUUUAGUAAUAGAUAUAACACAAAAAGAAAAUGUAAUGGUGAUCAGCUUAUAUGUGACAGAAGUUUUAGAUGCAACUUUAACUGCUCAACAUCAAAUCGAGAUUCGCCGUUAUCUCUAUAACCAUCAGAACAAGGAUGGAGGAUGGGGGCUACACAUAGAAGGGAGUAGCACCAUGUUCUGUACGGCUCUCUCAUACGUAGCACUAAGACUCAUGGGGGAAGAAAUGGACGGUGGAGAUGGAGCCAUGGAAUCAGCUAGACGUUGGAUUCACCACCGUGGUGGUGCCACCUUUAUUCCCUCUUGGGGCAAGUUCUGGCUCUCCGUUCUUGGAGCUUAUGAAUGGAAUGGGAACAAUCCUUUACCUCCAGAGCUAUGGCUCCUCCCUUAUAGUCUUCCAUUUCAUCCAGGCCGAAUGUGGUGCCAUUGUCGGAUGGUUUAUCUUCCAAUGUCAUAUCUAUACGGAAGAAGAUUUGUUUGUCGCACUAAUGGAACUAUUUUGUCCCUUCGACGAGAGCUCUACACUGUUCCUUAUCACCAUAUCGAUUGGGACACCGCCCGUAAUCAAUGCGCCAAGGUCUUGAAUAUGCUUUGUUGUUGGGUCGAUUCCUCAAAUUCCGAGGCAUUUAAAUCUCACCUCUCGCGGAUUAAAGACUACUUGUGGGUGGCUGAGGAUGGAAUGAAAAUGCAGGGAUACAAUGGAUCUCAGCUGUGGGACGUGACUUUAGCGGUCCAGGCAAUCUUGGCGACGAAUUUGGUUGAUGAGUAUGGUUUGAUGCUUAAAAGAGCGCAUAACUACAUCAAGAACACUCAAAUAAGGAAAGACACUUAUGGAGAUCCCGGGUUGUGGUAUCGACACCCAUGCAAGGGAGGAUGGGGUUUCUCCACUGCAGACAAUCCAUGGCCUGUUUCUGACUGUACUGCUGAAGCCUUGAAGGCGGCGUUGCUACUGUCACAAAUGCCGGUUAAUUUAGUUGGAGAACCCAUGCCUGAAGAACAUUUAGUUGAUGCUGUCAACUUUAUCUUAUCAUUACAGAACAACAAUGGGGGAUUUGCGUCGUACGAGCUUACUAGAUCAUAUCCUGCACUAGAGGUGAUCAAUCCAUCAGAGACUUUUGGGGAUAUCAUCAUAGAUUAUCAAUACGUAGAAUGCACGUCAGCUGCAAUCCAAGGUCUUGCAUUAUUCACAAAGAUCAAUCCAACGUACAAGAGGAAAGAGAUACAAAUAUGCAUUAACAAAGCAGUUGAGUUUAUUGAAAAAACACAACUUCCGGAUGGUUCAUGGUACGGCUCGUGGGGAGUGUGUUUCACCUAUGCGACAUGGUUUGGUAUUAAAGGGAUGUUGGCUGCUGGCAAAACAUAUGAGACCAGUCUUUGUAUUAGAAAAGCUUGUGGUUUCUUGCUCUCCAAACAACUUUGUUGUGGUGGAUGGGGAGAGAGCUACCUUUCUUGCCAAAAUAAAGUAUACACCAAUCUUCCAGGGAACAAAUCGCAUAUCGUGAACACAUCAUGGGCAGUUUUGGCUCUCAUUGAAGCGGGACAAGCUAAUAGAGACCUGAUGCCAUUGCACCGCGGGGCAAAAUCGCUAAUCAACUCGCAGAUGGAAGACGGAGAUUACCCUCAACAGAUAAUUAUUCUCGAGGGUGGAGGACAUAGAUUAAUUUAUUCAGCCGUCCCCAUCCCACCUUAUCAAACAAUGGUUAAGGAUGCAGUUGUUGAUGAGGCACCGGUGAUCGUACCAUAACAGGUCUAUUUUGAUUCACUAAGAAAUGCCCAUUUUCUCUCAUAUAUUUUGCCUGGAAACUAGCUGAAGGACCAAACUCGGUCAUUCUAGCAGCCGGAAGUAACAGUCCAAACGCUGAUGGUUAUUUUGCUUUUAGAAAUGAAUUUGGGAGAAUAAUUCUUUUACUUUUUC